AUGUACCGCCGACCGCCGCCCCUCAUCCUCCGAGCGAGGCUCCGAAGCUCCGCGAGCCUCGUGCCCGCCCACUCUGCGGCCUGCACCUGCCACCUGCAACAAAUGCACCUGCCACCUGCCACAAUGCACCUGCCCCGAGGAGCUGGUGGCGACUUCUACAUGUUCAAGAUUUGGAAGUCACGUUAG